AUGAGUUUUCCGCUCCGGCAAGUGAUCGCACGAUUAAGUCGAUUAGCAAGCUGCAACUCUUGGUUUACUCCGAGUCCAUCCAAUUGCAGCAGAUUAAACGUAUGCUCUGUGGUAGCACAGUAUCAGUCCAGCCUCAAUCAUUACCGUUCAUACAGCUCGAUGAAUCCGAACGACUUCAUUGCCACCUCACUGAUUGAUUCUGUCACGUUUGUGGCCGUCUGUUCGGAUACGCUCGAAUCAUUGGUUGACUACUUCGAGCAGAUUGUAGACGAGACAAGCACACUGAAAAAUCCAGACGUAACGUACGGUGAUGGCGUACUGACGGUUAGCUUCGGUGAACCGUACGGAACAUAUGUUAUAAAUCGGCAGUUACCAAACCGUCAGAUUUGGCUCAGUUCACCGACCAGCGGCCCCAAACGGUAUGACUUUAUACCGGACAAGCGGACGGUGAACGAAGGCUACUGGUUGUACCGGCAUGACGGUGUAACGCUGCACGAACUGUUGCAGAAAGAGAUUAGUGCCAUUGUCGGUAGAAAGUUAGAAUUUUUCGCAUUACCCCAUAGCCAAAGGCAUCAAGGUAAAAGUGGACAGGAUGGAUGA